AGGGUAACAGGUCCCAAGAAUUGAUGACUCAGUGUAAAAACCUGUAUGCCACGAGUACUUUGUCCGUUCUUAGUUUUUGUACCUGCCUGGUAUGUCCCCUGAGUUGUCCUGAUCUGAAAAUAGGAAAAAGAGAAGAUGUACCAAUUCCGAAGUCAUUUAUUAGUAUUUUAUACAUUGAAAUCAGAUCACCUAUUAAUAUGCGUUAGGACAGAGCAAAGAGGUCUAGCUUCUGAAACCACUUUUUAUAUGUUAUAACCGGGAGUUCUGGAAUGGCACGGGUAGUUGCCCUCUGUACUUCUUCCAAGAUAUCCGAGUCACCGUUUAAAUAAAGACGCGCAUCCUGAACACAUUUUAAGUUUGAAUCUCACCAAGGUUGUGAAUACUAUAAUAGACAUAUUAGAAUAUAACUUGAUAAAUAUCCGUCUUAAAACCCAUAGGGUUCUGAAACCCUUAGCUGAGACUUCGCGGUAAUGGGCCGUGGUUUAAAGAUUAUGGAUCAGUGUUUGGAGAGAAAAUAACAGGAGAAACAAAUGCAUGUGGACUUCAGGUGAACUUAAAUUUUCUGGUUAGCUGGUCUAAAAGAUGACUGAUGCCUAUCAGUGCGGCCGAAUGUGUCCGCAUGCAUUUUGGAGAUGCAAGGAUAAAUAGACACAGCAUAGGGGAAGUGUCUGUAUCCGUGGUUCGGUCGCACAAGGAUCUUAAGGUGACAAGAAAUGGAUUUAUGCUGUUCAGAAACCGUAUAUAUAAACACACUCAAAUGAUUUAACGUAUGUCUAAGAAAUCUCUUGGCUUGUUUAGUUAUCCAUGGUGGAUAGUUAUUAGGUCUACGUGAUACUAAGUGUAGUAUAGGCGGGCACUUAGCUGAGCUAAACGUACCUUUAAAUGUGGACCAUGACUUCAGUUGAUGAGCUAGUAUUUACUAACCAGUCCGUUGCACCACACUCCUGUGUGGUUAUAACGUUCGCCCCCUAUACAUUUUUUCGAGGUUGAGGUAUGUAUUUUAUUAUUACAAAACUUUCUUAAAGCAAGUAUACAAUACUCAGUUUAGCAAAAGUAACAUAUAUGGAUGCACCAACCAAAGUACAUUCUUGCAUUCAAUUUGACGGGCUAAAAGCGUCAAUAUGUCAUACAGUAACAUUCAUUAUCUGUAUUAAAAUUUUAUCAACUAUUGUUAUAUUGCUUUGUUAUCAUAAAUCGUUUCUUUGCUAUGGACUUUUUUCAUUGGCUAGAAAGUAGUUUAAGGUCGUCCUUAUACUUUACUUCCCCUCUCAAUUCAAACUUUACUGAGCAAGGAUAAUUCUUUGAAAUGAGUUGGAUGUUCCACUGCACUUUAAUAAUAGUGGCAUGUUUGCGGUUUACAAGUGCCGAUACUCCUGCUAACUGUACUUAUGAAGAUGCACAUGGUCGAUGGAUGUUUCAUAUCGGUGAUUAUAAAUCUAAAUGUCCUGAGAACUUGAAUUCGAAACAGUCUGUCGUUAUCAGUCUCUUAUACCCGGAUAUUGCUAUUGAUGCAUCUGGAAACCGAGGACAUUGGACUCUAAUCUAUAAUCAAGGGUUUGAAGUAACAAUAAAUCAUCGCAAAUGGCUGGUUAUAUUCGCUUACAAAUCAACUGGAGAAUUUAAUUGCCAUAAAUCUAUGCCAAUGUGGACACAUGAUACUUUAAUUCGACAGUGGAAGUGUUUUGUAGCCGAAAAGAUUGGAGCGAAUGACAAGUUUCAGACUAAUAAAGUAUUUGCUUCGAAAAGUUUUGGUCGAAAUCUCUACCACAUUAACCCCUCUUUUGUCGACAAAAUAAAUGAACAUCAAAAAUCUUGGCGAGCGGAAAUUUAUCCAGAAUUAUCAAAGUAUACAAUAGAUGAACUUAGAAAUCGAGCUGGUGGUGUAAAGUCUAUGGUUACUAGACCUUCAGUGCUAAAUAGGAAAACUCCAUCAAAAGAACUAAUUUCAUUAACUAAAAAUCUUCCUUUGGAAUUUGACUGGACCAGUCCACCAGACGGUUCUAGAAGUCCUGUUACACCGAUUCGUAACCAAGGUGUAUGUGGAAGUUGUUAUGCGUUCGCCUCUGCUGCUGCACUCGAAGCUCGUAUUCGUUUGGUUAGUAAUUUUUCGGAGCAACCUAUCUUGUCUCCUCAAGCUGUGGUUGAUUGUAGCCCCUACUCUGAAGAAUCGAAUAUUUUGUUCACUAUCACAGUAUGUUACAAUAGUUUUUCACAUCAUAAACCUGUAGGCGAUAGUGUUGUGAAUAGAAGUGUCGAUUAAUCAAUGAUACAUUUUGAUACGAUGUGGUGGAGUGAAAACUCUCCACAAGAACAAACUAUUAACAUAGGCUGUGGAAUUGGAUGAGAUCAGCGGCAAAACUACUAUCCAGCGGAAUAGACGUUUUUCUCCGGUAAAAUGAUAUCCCUAAAUACAAAAUAUUGGAUAUAAAACUAAAUGUGAUUAAGCAUUAUGAGCGAUUGGUGGCUACUCACUCGCCAAUAAACUAAGAUUUGACUGUUAGGCUUAUCUCAUGCCCAUCGUACUAAUUAAACAGAGAUACAUAACAUACAAUCUCACUCAAAGUUGAUUGGCGCUGUUUGUCACACUCCACGAGGACGCAUAAAACGAAAAUCAAGCGAAAUCUAAGGAUAUUAGAAAUAAUCUGAGUAUGAAAUCAGAUCAAAUGCAGAACAGUCAAAUAUUCAGGAUUUGAAGAAAGAUAAAAUAUAUGUGAUGUAAUGGAGGUUUUCCUUUCUUAAUUGCUGGAAAAUAUGGAGAAGAUUUUGGUUUUGUCUCAGAACGUUGUGAUCCAUAUACUGGUGAAGAUACUAAAAAGUGUAAUGUAUCAAAAAACUGCACACGUUACUAUACGACAGAUUAUAGUUAUAUCGGUGGUUAUUAUGGCGCUACUAAUGAAAAAUUGAUGCAGUUAGAACUUGUUUCUAAUGGUCCAUUCCCUAUCGGUUUUGAAGUAUAUGAUGAUUUUCAAUUUUAUAAAGAAGGCAUCUACCACCAUACAACAGUUCAAGUUAGUGUUGUUUUAUUUUGUACUUUUGUUAGAAACUUCUUUAAAUAAUCUCUCACUUUAUUACUGAUUUAAUGUAAAUAAAAAAACAUUUGUAUUGUUUCAUUUAUUUUUACGAUUGUUUGGUAUUAUUUUACAUGUAUUACUGAUCGACUUUUUGACUUUUUAAAGAUUUAAGUUAUCCGAUUGUUAAUGUUUAGGAUUAAAUUUUAGUUCUUCCUAGUUGCCAUACAUUCAUUCUGAUGUGACUGCUACGAUGUAGCUAUUUGAUUAUAACUUUUUUCAAGUUGGUGGAUUCUCGCUAGCAGUGCGAUCCAAAGUGCUCGUUUCGUCUUCUUGAAAAGGAUAUUGACUACCUGAGUUCAGCUGCUCAGUGGAUGAUAACCCCUUGGUUUUUGGAGUGAAAGAUACUGGGUUCAAGUCUCAAUGUAUUCACAAACAAAUGAACCUAAACACAUUCAACUGGGAAGUCCCAAAUAAAACGUAACCCACGUACUGGAUUUCACUGUUAGCUGAAACCUGUCUAUCCCAAGAAUUUUCUUAUCGUAUUAUCAGUCAUCUUUAGCUAAUCUUAAGUACAGUUUCAUGUUAUUUUUCAAGUCGAAAGUCAAUGUAGUAGUUUAUUUCCACAUCUUUUAGUUCUGUUAUGCCUGGUUUUGUAGAUCACUUCUACAGUUCAUCUAACAUUCGAAGUUCACAUUAUACAGUUGAUAAAGUAUUUGAAAUAAUAAUAUAAUUUUCUCAAUUACUCCUGUUAUUCCUUGUGGAGGAGCAUAGACCGCUCACCAAGAUUCUACAACCAAUUCUGUCAUGGGCUCUCCUUUCCAGUUGUUUCCGAUUGCUACUCGUUAUUUUAAUGUCUGUCUCCAAUCAGUAAAGAUUAAAUUAUCGAUAAAAUAUCUUCUGGAUAUCAACUUUUUUUUAUAUUUUGACCUUAAACGACCAGUACAAUUUCAAUCCAUUCGAAUUGACUAAUCAUGCUGUUUUAUUGGUUGGUUAUGGUGUGGAUAAGUUAUCCGGUGAACCAUAUUGGAAAGUAAAAAAUAGUUGGGGUGCUGAAUGGGGUGAACAAGGUUACUUUCGAAUACGUCGUGGUACAGAUGAAUGUGGUGUAGAAAGUUUAGGCGUACGUUUUGAUCCGGUGUUAUAAAUUCCUUUCUACACUGAGAUGAAUGUUUGUUUCAACAUAGUUUUAUUUAAUUUUUAUAUGAUUAAAGCGUUCAAAAAUGGAACAGUUGAUAUCUGUCUCUUAUCAUAUGAACUAUUUUGAUUACGUAUUUUUCUUUAUGAUCAUUUGUUUAUAAUUACUAGACUUCUACUCAUCCAUUAGAAAUACAUACAUACAUGACAGAUCAUUAAAUAAACUUGAUUACUGCUGAAAUUUUUGAUAUUGUAAUACACAAAUUUAUUAUUUACUACCAUAUCUUUCUUUUGAUGUGUGCCUGAUCUUACGUUUCAGCUAACUGAUUGAUAUAAGUUCUAAAUGCAAAAAUAGCAUGACUACCCAUUGUUGGAUGAUUUUUUUGACGUGGAAAUCAGCUUUGAUGAACGUUUCAUGAAAGAAAGUUCUCAAAACUAGUACAUAAAUAUAAAACACUUCAUACAG